UCAGCUAGUUAUAUCUUCCCCAAGUAAGUUCUAGGGUUUAUUUUAUGAAUCGAUUGGUGGUCUGUCAUAAACCAAAUCACCUCCGUAGAAUGGCCAUAAUCGGAGACGCCUUACGACAAGCAUUCAUGCAGAAAGACGAAUACGAGAGUCUUCGUGAGGAGGAUAAAGCUUGGAGUAAAAUACAGAGACCGAUCUUCAUCUCCGCUUUCGCUUUCAUUGCAUUCUCCAUCUUCAUUUCUACUCUUAUUAGUUUCAAGAUCAUGUUUCCCACUGAUCCUGGAAGGCGGCCCUUCUGCAAAGAUCUUAGGAUGCAGCCUCUCCAGAUUAAUACCGAUGGCGGUGCCUUUUAUCUUACGGAUCAAGAGACUGUUGAUUAUUAUUGGAUGGUCCUCUUUCUUCCUUCUGCUUUACUUUUUCUCUUAUCUUCGCUUUAUCUUGUUGCAGGAAUUACUGUAGCUUAUACUGCUCCAACGAGACAUGGAUGCCUGAAGGUGGUUGAGAAUAACUAUUGUGCUUCUAAGAGAGGCGGAGUCCGUUGCCUAUCGAUUCUGAACUUGGUAUUUGGCAUCAUAUUCGGUGUUCUGGCACUGUUUCUUGGUUCUACUCUGCUGACACUAGGAAGUAAGUGUUCCAUACCCUUGUUCUGGUGCUAUGAGAUCGCAUCAUGGGGCCUAGUCAUUCUGUAUGGUGGGACCGCCUUCUACCUCAGAAGAAAACCCGGUCCUGAUGAAAGAAGUCGUAAUCUGGGGCUGGAAAUGUUGGAAGCGGAAUUCACACCAGGACCAGAUGUGGAGAGACGAGUAAAUGAGGGGUUUAGAUCUUGGAUGGGGUCAUCAUAUUUUUCAUCUGAUGAUGACGACGAUGACGAAGAUCCACGAAACCUGUCCCGUACUAGUACUAAUUCAAGUAGGCAAAGGGUGUGAAACUCUUCUUGUUGCAAAUAUCCGCGUAUACAAGAAAGAAACACGAAUGCAAAACUAAAAAGAGGAAGGGCAUUCACGGAGGCUGACACGUGCUUCUUCAUUGUAGGUAAAGUGUUAGUGAGUUGACCUGUUGUACAAAACUUCGUCUAACUUUGAUGAUUUUAAAUGUAUAAUGUCUUUUUCCCAGGUUCGGUGUUGUAAUUUAUAUAAGUACUAGACUUCUUUAGUGAACCUUGGGCUCGAGCUCUUUUAGUAAGUAAGCUUCAAUUUAGACAAGAGCUUGUUUAACUCGGUUCGAUUCCAAGUGUUUAGUGAGCUGACACACUCAGCUUGCUUACAUAAGAGUGCUUAUUUAAUUGAUAUAUAGAUAAGUUCUCAAUGUAGAGGUAUGGUUGGUGUCGAUUAUAUGUUUUGAGACUCAUUCUAGGUU